CUCUCUCCCUCUUUUAUCUUUUCUUUUUUCCUCUUAAUCAUCAUCUCUAAUCAAAAUAUAACCUAAAACAUCAAAAGAGAGAGAGAGAGAGAGGUUUAAUAAGUUAAUAUGGAGACGGAGGAAGAGAUGAAAGAAAGUAGUAUAAGCAUGGUGGAAGCAAAGUUACCGCCGGGAUUCAGAUUUCACCCAAAGGACGAUGAGCUUGUCUGCGAUUACCUGAUGAGACGAGCGUCGUCGUCGCUUCAUCACAAACCACCUCUCGUCUUGAUCCAAGUCGAUCUCAACAAGUGUGAGCCUUGGGACAUCCCAAAAAUGGCAUGCGUGGGAGGCAAGGAUUGGUAUUUCUACAGCCAAAGGGACCGCAAAUACGCGACCGGGCUGAGAACAAACCGAGCUACGGCCACCGGAUACUGGAAAGCCACAGGCAAAGACAGAGCCAUUCUAAGAAAAGGUAAGCUUGUUGGGAUGAGGAAGACGUUAGUGUUUUACCAAGGUCGAGCUCCUCGUGGUCGUAAAACUGACUGGGUCAUGCACGAAUUUCGUCUCCAUGGAUCUUAUCACCCUCCCGAUCAUUCUCUGACUUCUCCAAAGGAAGACUGGGUCUUGUGUAGAGUGUUCCAUAAGAAUACUGAAGGACUUAUAUGCAGAGACAACACGGGAAGCUGUUUUGAUGAGACAGCCUCUGCAUCUCUUCCUCCUUUGAUGGAUCCUUACAUCAACUUUGACCAAGAACCCUCCUCUUACCUCAGUGAUGAUCAGCACUUCAUCAUCAAUGAGCACGUACCCUGCUUCUCCAAUUUGUCACAGAACCAUACUUUAAACCUAACCAGCUCAGUCUCUGAACUCAAGACUCCUUGCAAGAACCCUAAUCCCUUGUUUACCAGUGCUUCAUCCCCAGCCACGCUCACAGGCCUCGACUCCUUCUCUUCCUCAGAUCAGAUGGUUCUCAGAGCUCUUCUCAGUCAGCUCACUAAGAUCGACGGAAGCCUCGGGGAUAAAGAAUCACAGAAUUAUGGAGAAGGUAGCUCGGAGAGCCUCUUGACCGACAUUGGUAUUCCAAGCACUGCUUGGAAGUGCUGACAAUGUAACGAGAGUUAUUAUUGCUAUAUUCAUAUCCAUGAUUGGAACAAUUCUUCAGGGGGAAAUCAUGUGUGCGUAUCUGAUUGUACAAACAUUUCCUCACUCUUGUACCCAGUAGAUUCAUGUAAAAUACCACUUAAGACGUUAUACAUAUAUAUAUAUAUUUCACCCUAGUUCCAUUUGUUUCGAGGUAAA